UAUGACAAAAAGGAUUUUGGAUAAUGUUAAGGAUUAUUAUGGAAAAGUUAUUGAAAGCAGCCGUGAUUUGAAAACGUCUGCUUGCACGGCAGAUAAACAUGCGUUAACAAAAUCUGUCAAGGAAGCACUCUCUUUGAUCAACGAAGAAGUCAACUCAAGAUACUUUGGUUGUGGUAUUACUCUUCCGCCAGCGCUAGAGGGAUGUUCAGUACUAGAUUUGGGUUGCGGCGCUGGCAGAGAUUGCUUUUGUCUCAGCAAGUUGGUUGGUCCAAAUGGACGUGUUACUGGUAUAGAUAUGACUCCCGAACUGUUGGAUAUUGCAAAGAAGAAUGUGGACUGCCAUACAAAGACAUUCGGAUAUUCUAAGCCCAAUGUCGAAUUCAAAAGUGGAUUUAUCGAGCAAUUAGACAAAGCCGGAAUAGAGCGAGAGUCUUACGAUGUCAUUGUCUCAAAUUGCGUGAUAAACCUUUCACCAGACAAAGAGGCUGUUUUAUCACAAGCCUUUACGGCUCUAAAGGAAGGUGGAGAGUUGUAUUUUAGUGACAUGUAUACGGACUCGAAACUUUCGGCCGAAAUAAAAAACGAUAGCAUCCUCUGGGGUGAAGGUAUAGCAGGCGCUUUACACUGGCAAGAUCUUUUAGAAAUGGCAAAGAGAAUAGGCUUUACUACUCCAAUUUUGUAUAAAGCGAGUCCCAUAUGCUUGAUAGACAAGCACAUUCAAACACGAGUCGGCAAUGCUAAAUUCAUUUCCGCAACCUAUAGACUUUUCAAACUACCUAAACACAACGUCCCUAAAAUGCUAGUAACUUAUUGUGGUAAUAUUGAAGGACACGAACAUAAUUUCAAGUUUGAUAUCUACAACAACUUCAAGACGAAUCAAAGACACCUAGUGUCCAAAGAACUGUCUUUAAUUUUUUCAACAACCAGAUAUGCAAAAUACUUUCGAAUUGAAAAAUACGAGCAUACUUUGGAAAAGACGAAUCCUUUUUCCAUUGCUUAUGAAGAGUGA